AUGGCAACCACGCCACCAUCACAGUUGAGGAAAGAUCCUUUGCCACUGGAAGGUAUCACUGUCGUCAGUCUCGAACAUGCCAUCGCCGCGCCCUUUUGCACCCGUCAACUCGCAGACAUGGGCGCCCGAGUGAUCAAAAUCGAGCGUCCCGGCAUUGGCGACUUUGCCCGGGCAUACGACACCCGUGUCAAUGGCAUGGCGUCCCACUUUGUAUGGGCCAACCGGUCAAAGGAGAGUCUUGCACUGGACCUGAAGAAUCCAAAACAUUUCGAGGUUCUCAAGAAGCUUCUGGCCAAGUCGGAUGUCCUGGUGCAGAAUCUAGCACCCGGCGCAACAGAGAGACUUGGUCUGGGCUACUCUACUCUGAAAGAAUCUCACCCCUCCCUAAUUGUCUGCGAUAUUUCUGGCUACGGAUCAGACGGGCCGUACCGAGACAAGAAGGCAUACGAUCUCCUGGUUCAGAGCGAAGCAGGCUUCCUGUCGGUCACUGGUAACGGUCCUGAACCGGCUAAAGCAGGAAUCUCUAUUGCGGACAUCUCGGCCGGAAGUUAUGCGUACUCCAACAUUCUCGCAGCCAUAUUGAAACGUGGUAAGACGGGCAAGGGCUCAAGGAUAGAUAUCUCUAUGCUGGAGAGCAUGGUUGAGUGGAUGAACUUCCCUCUUUACUACACCUACAACGGAGCUCCAGGGCUAUCUCGUUCAGGCGCGUCUCACGCAUCCAUCUACCCUUACGGCCCAUUUGAGACCGGCGGCGGGGGCACAGUCAUGUUUGGCGUACAGAAUGAGAGGGAAUGGGUGAACUUGUGCCGAGGUGUCCUUGGCAAUGAGGCAUUGGCAAAAGAUCCGAGGUUCGUGAGCAACACUCUCAGGACGAAGAACCGCGACGAGUUGAAGAAGAUCAUCUGCGGCGUCUUCGCAAAUUUCUCUGCCGAGGAGGUCUUACAGAAGCUGGAUCAGGCGGCGAUUGCGAAUGCCAAGGUGAAUGAUAUGCAGGGAGUUUGGGAACAUCCACAACUCAAGGCAAGAGGCCGAUGGACUGAUAUCGAGACGCCGAGUGGUAAGGUCCCAGCUCUAAUUCCGCCAGGAUUUGAGAGUGUAGAUGGUUCAAGGAUGGACAAAGUACCCGAACUAGGGGAGCAUAACGAAGCCAUCUUCAGGGAGUUGGGGGUUGAGCCAUAA